UAUUUUGGCGGCAGGGCGGAAAUCAUGGCGGAAAAUUUGAAAGAUUGUAGUGUGCCGUGCAAGCUGUCCUGGGAUGACCUGGAGAGCAUGUGUCGCCGUCAAAGAAUCCACUGCAAAGAGCUACGGGUGAACAGGAGCAACUUGGAUUGUUAUGAAGUGGAAUACCUCUGUGACUACAAAAGGACAAAUGAAGAAGAAUUGUACUUGGUCAAAUGGAAAGGCUACCCAGAGUCAGACAACACUUGGGAACCCAAGAGAAACCUCAAAUGCACCAAGCUGAUGAAGCAGUUCCACCUAGACCUGGACUCCCAGCUGAAGCAGCACAAACGACACUCCAUACCUAAGAAGUUGUCUAAAGAAGUGUCCUCGGUUCUGGUCCAGAAAGCAAGACUCCGUCGGAUUCUCCAGCGCUGGGAGGCUCACUUAAACAAAACUCGGAACCACCCGGGACGAAUAUUCGUCAGGAAUGAAGUUGACCUUGAGGGUCCGCCAAAAGACUUCACCUACAUCAACAACUACAAGGUAGGCCCGGGCAUCGUGUUGGACGAGAUGGCGGUGGGUUGUGAGUGUACAGAUUGUGUCGCGGAGCCCAUGAAUGGUUGCUGCCCAGGUGCCUCCUUGCACCGCAUGGCCUACAACAGCCGGGGACAGGUGCGAAUACGGGCGGGUGAACCCAUCUACGAGUGUAACUCCCGCUGCGUCUGCGGCCCUGACUGCCCCAACCGAGUGGUGCAGAAGGGCAUCCAGUUUGACCUUUGCAUCUUUAAGACCGACAAUGGCCGUGGAUGGGGCGUACGCACGCUGCAACACAUCAAGAAAAACACUUUUGUCAUGGAGUACUUAGGAGAGAUCAUUACUACAGAUGAGGCUGAGAAGAGGGGUCACCUGUAUGAUUACCAAGGCUCUACAUAUUUGUUUGAUCUGGACUAUGUGGAGGAUGUGUACACAGUGGACGCAGCUAACCAAGGCAACAUCUCUCAUUUUGUCAACCACAGUUGCAACCCCAAUUUGCAAGUGUACAAUGUGUUCAUUGACAACCUUGACGAGAGGCUUCCCAGAAUAGCACUGUUUUCAACCAGGGCUAUUCGGGCCGGAGAGGAGCUCACCUUUGACUACAAGAUGCAAAUUGAUCCUGUGGACACAGAGAGCACCAGAAUGGACUCCAGUUUCAGUCUAGCAGGACUGCCCAGUUCUCCGAAAAAGCGAAUUCGAGUUGAGUGCAGGUGUGGGUCGGACUCGUGCCGGAAGUACCUGUUCUGAGACAGGACUGCUCAAAGAAUUUGGGAACCUGAAAAAAGAACAGCAGCGUCAUUCUGAAAAUGUGGGCAAACUGUACUGCUCUUAACGUGAACAUUUUACUUCCACAUCAGUCGCUGUGCCGUUUAGCCGCUCCAUUUUCUUAAUGAGAGUGUAAAUUCACCUUCCAACUGUGAGACAAUACAACACUUAUCAAUGGUUUGAACCACAGCACAGUGUUCAGUUAUGCUUUCAUCAAUCAAAUUUAGAGCUUUUUUAUUUACAAUAAAUUAAAAGCUAUUUUAAUAUGCACAGCACUGAGUGUAGAAGGACAUUUUAUUAUGUUCCUUCUUCACUAAGUUGAUCGCAAUUUCUCCAGGAUUCAUUUCCAGACAAUAUCUUAGAGAGUCUUAGUACUGUUUGCUGCUCUGGGAAAGACUUCAUGACUUGAGAAAACUGUUCAAGAUUGAAUUAAAUGUAGAUUAAGUCAAUUUUACCCUUUUACAUAUCUUAGGUGGAUUUUUAAGCUUUAUUUUCACAAGCAAUUUAUGACUGGUUCUUUUCUUGUUGUGAUAGAUUUCAUUUGGGUACUACUCUGGUGAAAUCAGUUUAGGUAUGUAUGAUUGUGGAUUAUAUUUUGGAAAGUCUUUCUGUUCUAUGCUGAGCCCUUUUCUUUAACUUUAAAUUAACAUUCAGUGUGUCAUAUGCAGAAGUCGUCGAGUUGCCUAAUUUGUAGUAAAAUUGAAGAUGCCGCCAAAUUUGGAGUGAAUAAAAAACACAGUCAACCCCCAACGGUAGUUCUUUUUGUUCACGUUCAUAAAGAACAAUCGAACCUUGUUUAUUCAAACAACAUGAAAAUGUUGGAACACUAAAGUGUUUAAAUUCUAGACAAAACCUUACUCAGAGUAAAAUAUUCACUUGUACCCACUCUGACUUUUUUUUUUUUUUACUUCUUCAACAGACCGUUCAAAUAUAGUCUAAAAGUAUAAAAGUCCUGUUUCUUUUUGAACAUAUAUAUAUAUAUUUUAAACAACUAAAUGUCAUAGCAGUGAAAUCAUGUAUAAAUUACUGCCAAUGUCUCUUGGGACCUGAAGCUGCUUAUGACUUAUUUUGGUUACACUUUUAAUUUUUUCAUUUCUGUUUUUGUUAUUGUGUCACUUCCAGACAUCAGUGACUGUGAUGAGCAUUUUUCUGUUGUUGCGAUUCAGUUCAUUUGGUAUUCCCUUUCGAUUGCACAUGACACCGUCCACAUUCAACAUUUGUUUGGGUGACAAAUAAUGGUAUUUUUACUCGACUACUGUCCUUGCAAUUUUUAAGUGUUCUGUUUGUUUCAUCAGUAUGUCUUAUUUUUUUA